AUGUUAACUAAAGUAAAUUUGCUUUAUGAUCGUCACCCAUAUACACCGAUUCCAUACACAAUACUUCGUAACCAUCCUUUGAUGCUGAUGUCACAAUGUAAUCAAGAAAAAUUAAUGUCACAUCCAUUGUGUGUGGCAUUACGCAAAGCGAAAUUUCGACGAUUUAGUACCUGGGUACUUGUCUUAUUCUUUCUUAGCUAUAUUAUGUUUAUGGCUUUGUAUACUGUUGUUGUUCUUCAAAUGAUUCAUCCACAGUAUUACUAUGAUCUCUAUAAUUCAUCUGGAAAUACUUUAGGUCAAAACAUCGAGUGGGAUUAUGGAUUCAACAGUGACGUCUGUCGACGAGUAGGAAUUUAUUUAAUUGAAUCAGGAAAUACUAAUGCACGGAAGACAACAAACCAGCAAAGAUAUAUAUUGACGCUCGAUGUUUUAUUAAUUUUAUUUGCGAUUAAAAAUGGACUUUUCAUAAUAGCUUCAUGGCCACGUUUUAUUCGUAAAACGGCAUACUAUGCAGAAGCACUUGCUCUAGUAUUGGUAUACGUGUGUAUCAGAGACGGUGAUUCAUGGCAAAAAUCCCUGAAUUUUCGAUGUCCAAUUCAAUGGGAGCUGGUAAGUAAUGUAUUAAGAAUGUUUUAAAACGGUCAUAGAAUAGUUUUCUAUGAGCAAACUCAGCAGCAAUGAUCUUUCAAAUAUAAAAAUCGUUGUUAAAAAAUAUUGACAUUAUUAUAUGUAUAAUCAGUUGAAGCUUAGGAGAAACUACGAUUCCAGUUUUAUAUUUUUGAAUAUCUAUUUGAUGAGAUAUUUUCGUAUCUUUGACUUCGAUACCAUGUAUUCUUUGUAGGGCUCAAUUGGUCUUCUAUUAUCUUGGUUAGUAUUGCUCUCAUAUAUGCGUUAUAUUCCUUGGAUGGAUGUCGGUCUAUAUGUUGUCAUGCUCGAAGUAAUCUUUUUAAAGUUUCUUCGAGCAAUACCUCUUUUAAUGGUACUUUUCUGUGGUUUUGG